CACACACACACACACACACACACACACACACACACACACACAGAGUGACUGAGGUGGUCCUUGUCGAGCACAGAGCUCAUGGCUGUCCCUGGCUACGACGCACGCAGACGCACACAGUGAAGAAACACACAGAGUGAACCAGCAAGAGAGUCGCCUUUCCUGCCAUGGGAAUCUAACCACCAGCUUAUUCUGUACCUGUCAAAAAGCUUUGCCAAGACGGCUCAUUCUAGAGCCAGGAUGAAGAUUGUGGAAACCAUUUCAGCCUUCGAGAUCCUCUUUCUGGUGGUUCUGGUCACCUCAAGUUACGGGAUGCAGAGAGCGCCUAGUAUCAUCACCUUAUUAGAGACAGUGGAUGUUCUACUGGAUCACAAUGCCACCUUCAUCUGUGAGGUGGAGUCCCGUCCCCCCGCUGAAAUCACUUGGACCAAGAAUAACCAGCCAAUAAUGUACUAUGACCCCCGGUACAUUACCAGGGAACAGGGACAGAUGCUAAUUAUCCCUCAUGUAAGAGAGUCAGACAAUGGAGAGUACUGUUGCCUCGCCAGUAACGGCAUUGGAGAGCCAGCCAAGAGCUGUGGAGCGCUGCAGCUAAAGAUGAAGCCACAGAUCAAACGCCAUCCUACCAAUGUAACCCUUCUGGUAGAAUCCAAAGCAGUGUUGCCCUGUGUUACCCUCGGCAACCCCAAACCAGAUGUGACCUGGCUCAAAGAUGAUGAGCUUAUCAAGGUCAGUGACCGUGUUACCAUUCUUGACUAUGGUGCGUUGAAGAUCCAUAACAUACAGAAGGAGGAUGCAGGACAGUAUCGCUGUGUGGCCAGGAAUAGCUUUGGUUUGGCCUUUUCAAAGCCUGUCACCAUAGAGGUACAGGCUCCAGCACGAAUCCUGCGGGUUCCUAAGGAGAAGAGAGUAGCCUAUGGCAGCCAGAUUUCCAUGGAGUGCAAUGCCACAGGAAAUCCAAUCCCCACCAUCACCUGGCUGGAAAAUGGGAAUACUAUCUCAGGUGCAUCGGUCGAAGAGACUUUGACAGGAGAGGUGAUCCUGUCCGUUCUUAAAGUGACGGUGAAUAAGCCGGCUCUCUACACAUGUCUGGCCUCCAACAGACACAGUGCUGGAGCCAACACUGUCAAGGCAACUGCUAAAGUCACUGUUGCAGAAUGGAGACUCUACAAGGGCAUUACAGGCUACUGCAGUGCGUAUCGUGGAGACGUGUGCCGCACCAUUCUGCGAGAUGAUUUGCUGGUCUUCUUUAACUCCUCGCUCUCGGACCCCGAGGACAUGCAGGAGUACCUGGUUCAGAGCUGGUGGACGGAGCUGGAAGGACUCAGUGUGCUGUGUAGCCCUGCAGUACGCUCACUGCUCUGCCACUCCUCCUUCCCUGACUGUAACCCAUCAGGGUUAGGACCGGCACCUAAACCUGUCUGCAGAGAACACUGCCUGGCAGUGAAGGAGCUGUACUGCCAUAAGGAGUGGUUGGUCCUUGAGGGCAGCAGUUCAGUCCAGCCUGGCCUCUUCAGCUCUGUCACUGGGUCCCACACUCCCAGUUCACUGCUGCCCAACUGUCAGGCCUUACCAAGUCUUCGCACAGACCCUGAUGCUUGUACACACGUCCCUUUUGUAGACAUCAAGAGAGAUCAAAUUACAACAACAUGUUACGAUGACAGAGGCCGUUUCUACCAAGGCAGUGCAAAUGUGACGAGGUCUGGGAUACCUUGUCAGUCUUGGAGCCAACAGGUUCCCCACCAGCACCGCCUGUCUGUGGACGUGAUUCCAGAGCUGAAGAACUCAGACAACAACUGUAGGAACCCGGGAGGAAUCAGUGACAAGCCCUGGUGUUUCACCUUAAAUCCCAACAUACGCUGGGAGUACUGCGCUGUGCCGCAGUGUGGGGAGACGAGCAUGGUAUCAGUGAUGAAGGCAGAGUCACCAGGCCCUCGUCAGACUCCUCGUCUCCCUCCCACGACCACGGUAUCAUCUCCAGCUUACUCCAUGUCCGUCAUCGUCAUCAUCCUGACUGCACUUGCAGCUGCAGUCUUCCUCACCAUCAUCAUCCUCGCCUGCCGCAGACGGAGGAAGCAGUGGCGAAACCGGAAGAGAGCGAUGGAGACCCCGACGAUGAGCACUCUUCCAUCGGAGCUCCUGCUGGAUCGACUCCACCCCAACCCCAUGUACCAGCGGGUUCCCCUGCUGCUGAACUCAAAGCUGCUGGCGCUAGAGUAUCCCAGAAAUAAUAUCCAAUAUGUUAGAGAUAUUGGAGAGGGAGCCUUUGGACGGGUUUUCCAAGCCAGAGCACCAGGCCUGCUGCCGAUGGAGUCUUUCACAAUGGUAGCUGUGAAGAUGCUGAAGGAGGAAGCCUCAGCUGACAUGCAAAAUGACUUCCAGAGAGAGGCAGCACUCAUGGCUCAAUUUGACCAUCCAAACAUCGUACGACUCUUAGGUGUGUGUGCAGUGGGUAAACCCAUGUGUCUGAUGUUCGAGUACAUGGCCCAUGGUGACCUCAACGAGUUCCUGCGUCGCCGAUCUCCAACCCCAUCAGUGCGCACCCUCAGCCGUGCCAGCCUGUCCGGUCGCAGUUUUUCCUCUGACCUGGAGGCGGGACUUCUCUCCUGUGCUGAGCAGUUGUCCAUUUCCAAGCAGAUCGCUGCUGGAAUGGCCUACCUGUCAGAACGCAAGUUCGUCCAUCGCGACCUUGCAACCCGGAACUGUCUGGUUGGGGAGGAAAUGGUGGUGAAGAUCGCAGACUUCGGCCUCUCCAGAAACAUCUACUCAGCUGAUUACUACAAAGCCAACGAGAAUGAUGCCAUCCCUAUUCGCUGGAUGCCCCCAGAGUCUAUUUUCUAUAAUCGCUACACCACUGAAUCGGACGUGUGGGCCUAUGGCGUGGUGUUAUGGGAGAUUUUCUCCCAUGGGAUGCAGCCGUACUACGGUAUGGGUCAUGAGGAGGUUAUUUACUAUGUGAGGGAUGGUCACAUCCUCUCCUGUCCUGAGAACUGUCCUCUGGAGCUGUAUAAUCUGAUGAGGCUUUGCUGGAGCACACACCCAUCAGAUAGGCCGAGCUUCAGUAGCAUACAUCGGAUACUGGAGCGUAUGCAUCAAAACACGCUUAGCAUGGAUGCUGACGCCGAGGCUGACUGCUAACCUGGAAACUUUUCACAAAAAAAGCUGACUUAUAAAGCUGUUUGGUGCCUGAAAACACAUUUUAAAUGAACCCUGACACUGAGCCCGAGCAUACUUAGAAUACUCAAACAGUACAUUUCAGUCAUUUUAUUUCCCCAAUUUUUCUUUUCUUUUCUCUACCCAAACUGGUAGCCUUACCAAAUGUUUUUGUAUCAUAACCAAAACAUAUUGCUUACUUCUUCAGUUCAGGAAUUAUUUUUAAGGAAUAUUGUAGUGUUUUUAGACUAGACUCUAACCCGUCACUCCUGACCAUUUACCAGCACAUAUCCAUCAGACAAGUCUGCAUUAUUUAUGAAAGAUGUUAAAUGCAUGUAUGAACAGACUCUAACCCUUGACCCUUGACCCCUGACCCCAGAGCCUUAACCAUUGAAGACUUGAAGCCACUAACCAUGCAAAUAUAUCCUCAACCAUUUUAGAUACAGAUGCACUCAAACAUUGUGCUGCAUCCAUUAAAUGUGGAAUUGUUGGAUUUCUUUUUUUCUUCUUCAUUUUGAGCUGUCAAGCCAUUACAAAUGGUCUGACUACUAAACAUCAGGGAUAGAAAUUGGAUGGAACAUGACAGUUAGCUUCAUAGUAACUACAUUUAAAAAGCCUUGAAUGUUAUUGUCACCUCUAGCAAAUUCCACAGCGGCACACAAUCACUUUAAACCAUUGCUGUUGAUUGUUUUUACAGACAAGUUGCUAUUCCAUUUUUGGGCAUUCUCGUUUUACUUUUUUGUUUCUUUUUCAUCAUGUUGUUGAUCUUUGUCUUUUUAUUUUUUGUUAAUUUUACUUUGUGACAGUGUUUGACACACAGAGUUUGACAUAAGUAAAUUAUAGCAGCAUUGGUAUAAUUUGUUUUAAGUUUAUUAAUGAAUUCGUCCAACUUGCGUCAUCAUUGCCCAUAAGUCUCUCACACAGAAACUCAUUAACUAAAUUCACUCUCGUGCCUUAAAAUAGGCUCUUUAGUGAGUGAAGAAUGGCCAAAGUGUCUUCAGUGUUCAAAAAUAUCCUCAUUCUGAAAGACUAAAUCUUUAAUUGGUUCUCACAAAGAUAGAAACUCUCUCUUACAGAUCAAACUUUGCUCUCUGGUCUCAUUUAAACUGUGUUAAAUUGCAUUAGGGUCAUACUAUUACACCAUUUCAGCACAGUAUUACCAACAUCUCUUGUGUCAUCAAUCUUCUUUGUCAUGUGGAUUACUCAAGAUUUUGUUCUCUUUAGUUUGUUUUGUAAAUGUAUUUAAUUAAGAGAUUAAUAUCAAAUGAGAGAAAACGUUUAUCUCUUAUCAAAUGGAAAUGCUUUUUCAGAUGAACGACAUGUUUUACUUUUUUUUAAAUGUGGUGUGAUGUUACAUUUUGAUAUUUGUUACAUAACAUAAUGCUGCAGGUUUUGCCUCACUUACUACUUCUCUUUAAAGUAUGAUGUUUCUUUGUAUCGCUUGCAAAUAAAGCUAAUAAUUGAGCACAUUUGUAUUUGAGAUCUGGACAGAAAAUGCCCAUAUAAUACCAAUACUAUAUUAUUUCACAUAAAUAAUUUGAGAUAUCUUAAUUUCUCUGGAGCAAAGUGUUGGAAAGAUGCAUGGACUGACCGACCUUCAUCACCAUCCUCAGGCCCUGCUUACAUUGUGUCAACAUCAGUCCUGUCAUGCUCAGUGCAAGUGAUUUGCUGCACCUCAUAGAAAAUAAAUGGGAGGCAGCGCCCCCACCUAGG